AUGGACAAAACCCUCACCCUCAGACCCUCACCUUCAGACCCUCCCCCUCAGACCCUCACCCUGAGACCCUCACCUUCAAACCAUUACCCUGAGACCCUCACCCUCAGACCCUCACCUUCAGACCCUCACCUUCAGACCCUCACUCUCAGAUACUCCCCCUCCCCCUCAGACCCUCACCCUGAGACCCUCACCCUCAGACCCUCACCCUCCCCCUCAGACCCUCAUCCUCAGACCCUCACCCUCAGACCCUCACCUUCAAACCCUCACCCUCAAACCUUCACCUUGAGACCCUCACCUUCAGACCCUCACCCUCAGACUCUCACCCUCAGACUCUCACCCUUCAGACACUCCCCUCCCCCCCCCUCAGACACAUCCCCCUCCCCCUCAUGGACCCUCUCCCCCUCAGACCCACACCUUCAGAGCCUCACCCUCAGACCCUCACCCUUUGACCCUCACCUUCAGACCCUCACCCUCAGACCCUCACCCUCAGACCCUCACCCUCAGACACUGAGCACAGAACGUCUCCUUUAA